GAGAUCAAAGCCGCGGUUCGUCUUCUUCGUUUAUUCAUUUUCAGUUUUGGCUCUUAUUUUGGGAAUUGUUUAAGAUUCAGUAAUGGAGACCCGGGUAGUCAAAACUGGAGCUUUAUUGAAUGAAACACAGAAACAAUGUCUGCUUUGCCACCACCUGUUUGGGUUUUUGCCUCAGAGAGUGAACUGCUAUCAACAAUCGUUGUUUCGGUGGUUGCAAGUCAGAUUAAUGGCAACUAGUAAGCAAGUUCAGGACCGAAGGUGUUGUUUUUGAUGACGGUUAUAGGGAGGAACCAGAGAUGGGGAUCCGCGUUAGGUCAUUGGAGGAGUACAGGGAGCAAAUUAAUCUCCCUAAGCCUCAUAUGGUCAGUGAUUUCAUCAGAAAAUCGACGAAAUUAUUUGAAUUGUAUAAGGAUCGAAGAGGGGUGUUGUUGGGUGCAAUGGCCAAGGAAACUGAGGCUUUGUUAGAAGAAAAAGAGAUAUUGAUCGAGGAACACUCAAGCAGAGCUGCAGAGUAUGUGACUAGGUUGCUGAUGAUGUCUGUUGAUUUCAGAAGAGGUCUUAGUUGUCUCCGCAUGUUGAUGCCAGGGAACUUAAAGCCGGGUCAUUAGAAUUUGACAAGAGGCAGUUGCUGUAAUGUACGAGCUGCUUAACUUUAACAUUGAGAAGAGAUUGGUUACAGGUGAAUGAUCACCUCAAUCACUUUUGACGGGAACUAAUGAUGCCACAGAAGCUGAUGAGACUUAAUUCUAAAGCAUUUUGGCAUCUUUCAUGUUUCUGAAAGAGAAUUAGUGUCUUCUUGACUGAAGCAUAUGAGUGUCCAGAGCUGAUAGAGAAGUGGCUUUUGGUUCUUUGAAAGGAAAGUGUUCUGUGCCUUAUUGGCUACAGAGGGAAAAAGAAGCCACUUCCAACUUCAGGUGACAUACUCGACAUGGAGGAUAAGAGUUUAUUUCAAAGUGAAUCUGAGAAUGAAAAUGUGUCUGCUGAAUUUGAGGAAAAGGAGACCGUGUGUUGUCUAGAGGAUGCCUCAAGUGCAACGAACAAUGAAAUGCAGAUUUGCAUACAAGGAAACUGGUACGUGUUGAUGUUGAUCUUUUUUAUCUUACUCUUGUAAUUAGUUCUUAUACUUAUAAUGCAGUUUUAAAAAG